GCUGUCAUGGCUCAGCGCAGCUCACUGGAUGAGUCUGUUGGCAUUCUCAGCAUCUCUGCAGGCUCUCUCCUGCUGCUGGUGAACAGCUAUGCCAGCACUCAUGAGAAAGACUUCAUCCCCCACACUGCGCUGGGGAUUUUACUCCUCAUCAUUGCUGCCCUGAUAGCUUACACAGGUGUCCGUCACAGUCUGUCCCACUCCCGACUGUUUUCCACUCUGUGUCUGACUAUCUCUGCGCUGUGGUGUGGGUCGGGUCUGGUCUACAUCCUGACAGGACAGAGAGUGUUGCCACUGACAGAGCUAAAAUCCUCUCUGAUUCCUGGCCUGGCAGCAUUUACCUUAGCCCUGUUCAUCAUUGGCAUCGCAGCCCUCUUUGUGAAGAAACCAGUUCUCCUGGUCAUAGCUAUCAGCAUUUCCUUAGCCUGUGCCCAUCAAAUCGCUGGUCUGUCAGAUUCAGACUUCGGUCAGUCUGCCACAGCUGCAAACUACCUCCUUGUUUGUCUUGUGUGUGCCUAUUUUGGCUUUGGGCGUUUGCUGUACACCAUCACACAGGGCAAAGUGAAACCUCCAGGAACAAUCAUGAAACAGAAAAAUGAACUGAAAACAGAGCAGAACCAGAGCUGCAGUGCUGUAAUUAGUGUAGGUUUGGUGAUGAACUUGUUAUCUGCCUCUGUAUUAGCCUGUCCCCUGGUAGGCGUGGUCCCCCAUCUCUCUGUUGGCCAUGUCCCCUGGCUCUGGACAGCUGGAGUCUUCCAGCUUGGCAUGUGUGUCCUCUUUUACCGAGCAAUGGACACAUUAGCUGCGACUUUCUAUGGUUUUACAUCUUUGCUCAAAUUUGCUGAGGGUUACAGCGCUCUGUUAUCGUUGUACUCCAUUCAGCCGUUCUCCCCGGUUCCCUUCCCUGUUGUCUUUGCCGUUCUUUUCUUUGUCCUCGCGCUGUUCAGCUGUCAGAAGAGCUUGUUGGAUGGCCUCUACCAGUUAUUCUUUGUAGCCUACUGUAUUUCCAUCGCAGCCCAACCUCAAGGCUUCUUCCAAGGUGGCACUCAGGGUGUACAAGGAGCUAUCUUUGUAGCUUCUGCUGGAGUGCUUUUUGUUACAACAGUCAACAUGGUCUCCAGCACCAAAAUUCCUACUGGGCAGGGACACUUCAAAGCUUUAGUAACCAGAAUCCGCAGUCUCACUCUCAGGGCUCUGGAUAAAGACCUGCAUACACCUCACCUUGGAUACUCCAAAUAUGCAGAUGCAGAAGUGCUGGGCCACGCCUGCAAUGUUCUGGCAGCUUUUGCCAUCACAGCCACCAUUGGGGACAGGAAUCCUCUGACUGUACUGGUUUUGCCCUGGGCAGUGAUGGCUGGUGGAGUGUUGCAGCUCCUGUGUGGUUCAGUGGCGUUUGCUCGGGGUAAAACUCUCGAGAGCACUGCUUUUAUUCUCUACGGGUUGAUGUGGACGGUGUGGGGGUUGACACGAUUUGGUGGUCUUUACAGUGAGACCAGAGGCUUCAGUGUCGCUGUUGGGAUUAUUGGUUUCAUGAUGUUUAACCUCCUGUUGACAAUUGCAGCAAUAUUUCUUAAUGUUGCCUGGUUUGUCUAUGCAUUCACCUUCCAGCUCAUCCUUAUCAGCUUCCUGCUGGAUGCAAUUGGUGCACUGCCCUAUGGUUAUGAUAUUGGCGUCACAAUCAUCUUUGGUCUUGUCAGUUUUUACUGUUUCUUGGCGCACAUUUUCAACAGCACCUUCCAGUCUCCUCAAAUCCCCUUAGGAAGACCUUUAGUCAAUCUGGGUGGGGUCGGAGGAGGGGAAGGGGUCUGUCCGCAUGUACCAGCUCGCAAAGCAGCAUCAGUUCAGCAGAUUGCAGAAAUCAUGAAAAAUGGAGGCAUAUGUGGAAUGCCAACUGACACUGUCUAUGUGCUGGUGGCUGCCUGCAACAGACCAGAUGCAGUUAUCAAAGCUUACAAAGUUAAGAAGCAGGCUGAGGACCGACCCAUGUCCAUGUGGAUCUCUUCUGUCAAGCAGCUGGAGCCUGUUAGACACCUGCUGAGUCCCCUGCUCCUGGACUUCAUGGAGUCUGCAUGGCCUUCCUCUAUCAGCAUGGUCAUCCCCAGAGGACCAUGGUUGGACAUAUUUGGUUUGGGAGAUGCUGCCAAACACAUCGGGACUCCACAAAGCAUUGCCAUCAGGAGCCCAGACUGUGCAGUAGCUACACAUCUGAUUAAUUUGGUGGGUCCAAUUGCAGUAACCUCAGCCAACCCAACAGGCGAGGCAGAUACAACUCACCAUAACCAAGUUUAUGCUAAACUGGGAAAAAAGGUUGAAGGAGUGUUGUGUGAUGGCCCCUCCCCUGAGAAUAUUGCAUCUACUGUGGUUGACUGCACCAAGAUUGAAACUGGACAAAUUGGUUUCUUCAGAGUGGGCCUCAUUCCAAAAUCCAAGGUCUUCCAGAUUUUUGAGAAAGUUAAGAACCGGCAUAGUCAAGGGCAAAUAAAUCCUGCUUUUGAACAUGAUCUGGCUCCUCCAGACACCCAAACUGAGGAAAGUUUAGGACGGGAUGAAACCUCAGAAUCAGGAAGAGAAACUGAAAACUCGGCUCUCUCCACAACGCAUGAGCAAAGCACAGACCUCAAUAGCGACUCCUAGUAUCUAUUUUUGGAGAUUUGUGUUGCUUUCUAAAAUAUGUACUCAUGUCUAAUACAUAAAUAAAUAUAGAAUAUAUAGAUAUGCAAUAAAUAUCAGAUGCAAUAAAUAUCAGAACUUACAUUCAUGUAGUAAAUUUACAUGUUUUAUUAGAGAGCAACAUUUCAUGUAUAUCAUAAAUUGUAUUAGAAAACAAAACUUUGAAUGUCAAUAUUUACUUUUUCUGCUGUGUCAUCUUUUUAUAUUCUUCUUUGUGGCUGGAUAAGAAUAACAAUAUUCGAAAUGACAUAUGUGCACUAUGUGUAUUUAAAGAAUAUUACAAAAGAUAGCACCUUUACAUAAGCACAAUCUGAUCUAUGAAGUAGAUUGUUUGCAUUAAAAUGUUUCAAACCACA